AUGCAACCCGAUCAGAGUAAUGAUACAUGGGGAGGGUUCCAAAUGGGACCCAAAGGCCUUAUCCCAAUAGAUGAAGAAGUAUACCAUAGCUGUCUACGUAACCAAGCCUAUCUGGACGUCGCCAAUAACAUAAGGAGUCAAUAUCAGUUGAAUAUUGAAGCACACUCUUACAACCAGGUAUUAGAAGAUGCUGCAAUUAUUGCUGCUGAUAUGUGGCCACCACCAGGAAUAGACUUACCUUAUGUUCCAGAACCACAGGACUUAAACUUUCCCCCUGUGCCAGACCCAGGAGAUGAAGCCUAUUUGGAACUUCUGGACCUUGAUGCUUUAUCUGCUGAAUCUGUUGCGUCAUCUGCUUCAGUAGUUAUCAUUGAACCACAAAAUCCUAGUCCAACUAUCAUCAAUAUAAGUUCUAAUGAUGAAAAUGAAUAUCUCGAGCCCAUUAUCCCUCCUGUUGAAGUUAUAGAUAUUAGUUCUGAUGAUGAAUAG